CAUUACAGUUGUCGGACAAGUAACCGCAAGAGCUUGAUUGUGACCUCUAGCACAUCACCUACACUGCCACGGCCUCACUCACCACUCCAUGGUCAUGCAGGUAACAGUCCUUUGGACAGCCCACGAAAUUUCUCUCCAAAUGCACCUGCUCACUUUUCCUUUGUUCCUGCCCGUAGGACUGAUGGACGGCGCUUCUUGGCCUCUUUGCCUUCUUCGGGCUAUGGAACCAACACUCCUAGCUCUACUGUUUCAUCUUCGUGCUCCUCACAGGAAAAGCUACACCAGUUGCCUUUCCAGCCUACAGCCGAUGAGCUGCAUUUUUUGACCGAGCAUUUCAGCACAGAGAGUGUACCAGAUGAGGAGGGCCGGCAGUCUCCAGCCAUGCGGCCCCGCUCCCGCAGCCUCAGUCCUGGACGGUCCCCAGUUUCCUUUGACAGUGAAAUAAUAAUGAUGAAUCAUGUAUACAAAGAAAGAUUCCCUAAGGCCACUGCACAAAUGGAAGAGCGUCUAGCAGAAUUCAUUUCCUCCAACACUCCAGAUAGUGUGUUGCCUUUGGCAGAUGGAGCCUUGAGCUUUAUUCAACAUCAGGUGAUUGAGAUGGCCCGAGAUUGCCUGGAUAAAUCUCGGAGUGGCCUCAUUACAUCACAUUAUUUCUACGAACUUCAAGAGAAUUUAGAGAAACUUCUGCAAGAUGCUCAUGAGCGUUCAGAGAGCUCAGAAGUGGCUUUUGUGAUGCAGCUGGUGAAAAAGUUGAUGAUUGUCAUUGCCCGCCCAGCUCGUCUCCUGGAAUGCCUGGAGUUUGACCCUGAAGAGUUCUACCACCUGUUAGAAGCAGCUGAGGGCCACGCCAAAGAGGGACAAGGGAUUAAAUGUGACAUUCCCCGCUACAUCGUUAGCCAACUGGGCCUCACACGGGAUCCCCUAGAGGAAAUGACCCAGUUGAGCAGCUAUGACAGUCCUGACACCCCAGAGACAGAUGAUUCCAUUGAGGGCCGGGGGACAUCUCUGACAUCCAAAAAGACACCCUCUGAAGAGGACUUCGAAACCAUUAAGCUUAUCAGCAAUGGCGCCUAUGGGGCUGUGUUUCUGGUGCGGCACAAGUCCACCCGGCAGCGCUUUGCCAUGAAGAAGAUCAACAAGCAGAACCUGAUCUUACGGAACCAAAUCCAGCAGGCCUUCGUGGAGCGCGACAUACUUACUUUUGCCGAGAACCCUUUUGUGGUCAGCAUGUUCUGCUCCUUUGAGACCAAGCGCCACCUGUGCAUGGUGAUGGAGUAUGUGGAAGGAGGAGACUGUGCCACUCUGCUGAAGAAUAUUGGGGCUCUGCCUGUGGACAUGGUGCGUCUGUACUUUGCAGAAACUAUGCUAGCCCUGGAGUACUUACACAACUACGGCAUCGUGCACCGUGACCUCAAGCCUGACAACCUUCUGAUUACAUCCAUGGGGCACAUCAAGCUCACUGACUUUGGCCUUUCUAAAAUUGGCCUCAUGAGUCUGACGACAAACUUGUAUGAGGGCCACAUUGAAAAGGAUGCACGGGAGUUCCUGGACAAGCAGGUAUGCGGGACCCCGGAGUACAUUGCGCCUGAGGUGAUCCUGCGACAGGGCUAUGGGAAGCCAGUGGACUGGUGGGCCAUGGGCAUAAUCCUGUAUGAGUUCCUGGUGGGUUGCGUCCCUUUCUUUGGAGACACUCCGGAGGAGCUCUUUGGACAAGUGAUCAGUGAUGAGAUUGUGUGGCCUGAAGGGGAUGAUGCACUGCCACCAGAUGCCCAGGACCUCACCUCUAAACUGCUCCAUCAGAACCCUCUGGAGAGACUGGGUACAGGAGGCGCCUAUGAGGUGAAGCAGCACCCAUUCUUUACGGGUCUGGAUUGGACAGGACUGCUUCGCCAGAAGGCUGAAUUUAUUCCCCAGCUGGAAUCAGAGGAUGAUACCAGCUACUUUGACACCCGCUCGGAGAGAUACCACCACAUAGACUCGGAGGAUGAGGAGGAAGUGAGUGAGGAUGGCUACCUUGAGAUCCGUCAGUUCUCUUCCUGCUCUCCAAGGUUCAGCAAGGUGUACAGUAGCAUGGAGCGACUCUCUCUGCUGGAGGAACGCCGGACACCACCUCCCACCAAGCGCAGCCUGAGUGAGGAGAAGGAGGACCGAUCAGAUGGCCUGGCAGGACUGAAGGGCCGAGACCGGAGCUGGGUGAUUGGCUCUCCUGAGAUAUUGCGAAAGCGGCUGUCGGUGUCUGAGUCGUCCCAUACAGAGAGUGACUCAAGCCCUCCACUGACAGUGCGACGCUCAGGUCUCCUGGAUGUGCCUCGCUUCUCCGAGGGCCCUGAUGAGGCUAGCAGCACCCCCAGGAGACAGCAGCAGGAGGGUACAGGAUUUCUCACACCCCUGUCUGGGGAGGGAGUAUCUGGACCUGUCCCUGAACGACCCGUGGAGCAGCGGCUAAAGCUGGAUGAAGAGCCUGUUGGCCAGAACAAUGGUUCUAGUCCAGCUAUGGAGUCACAAGGAGGACGUGGAACCCUGCAGCUGGCUGAGGGAGCCACAGCCAAGGCCAUCAGUGACCUGGCUGUGCGCAGCCGCCACCGGCUACUCUCUGGGGACUCUCUAGAAAAACGGUCGGCUCGCCCCAUCAACAAAGUAAUCAAGUCCGCCUCAGCCACAACCCUGUCUCUCCUCAUCCCUUCAGAACACCACACCUGCUCUCCAUUGGCCAGCCCCAUGUCCCCACAUUCCCAGUCAUCGAACCCAUCAUCCAGGGACUCUUCUCCAAGCAGGGACUUCUUGCCAGCCCUCAGCAGCUCAAGACCACCCAUCAUCAUCCAUCGAGCUGGCAAAAAGUAUGGCUUCACUCUGCGGGCCAUCCGUGUCUACAUGGGUGACUCGGAUGUCUACACUGUGCACCACAUGGUGUGGCACGUGGAAGAUGGAGGUCCAGCCAGUGAGGCGGGGCUUCGCCAGGGUGACCUCAUCACUCAUGUCAAUGGUGAGCCUGUGCAUGGGCUGGUGCACACAGAAGUGGUGGAGCUGAUCUUGAAGAGUGGAAACAAAGUAUCUAUUUCAACAACUCCUCUGGAGAACACCUCUAUUAAAGUGGGGCCAGCUCGGAAGGGCAGCUACAAGGCCAAGAUGGCCCGAAGGAGCAAGCGGAGCCGAGGCAAGGAUGGACAAGAAAGCAGAAAAAGGAGCUCCUUGUUCCGGAAGAUCACCAAGCAGGCGUCCCUCCUCCAUACCAGUCGCAGCCUGUCUUCCCUUAACCGCUCCUUGUCGUCAGGGAGAGUGGGCCGGGCUCUCCCACACACAGCCACAGCCUUUCCCCUCGAUCUCCCACUCAGAGCUACCGGGUAACCCCUGAUGCUGUGCAUUCAGGUAUGAA